UCCGCAAACCGAAACCAAAAUGCAAGUGGAAAGUCGGUUAGAAGAUUUAAUCCUAAAACUAUUUGACAUCGAAGGUGUAAAGUUUGGAGACUUUAAACUGAAAAGUGGGAUUCAGUCACCUGCAUAUUUUGAUCUGCGUGUCAUUGUCUCUUAUCCAAAGCUUAUGCGUGAAGUUUCACAAGUACUAUGGGAGACAGCGAAAAAUGCUCAAAAGUUUGUUUCCAUCUGUGGAGUGCCAUACACUGCUUUGCCUAUUGCAUCAGUGAUGUCAGUUGAUAACGAUGUCCCGAUGUUGAUACGUAGACGAGAAGCUAAGGAUUAUGGUACCAAGAAAAUGAUCGAGGGAAAAUAUGAGAAGGGAGAUGUAUGCUUGGUGGUAGAAGAUGUUGUGACCAGCGGAUCCAGUGUGUAUGAAACUGUAGAGCUUCUGAAUGAGUAUGGGUUACAAGUGAAAGAUGCUGUAGUGUUACUAGAGAGGGAACAAGGAGGUACUGAGAGGCUGAAAAGGGAUGGUGUCAAUCUUCAUAGUGUGAUUACAAUGACUCAGCUUGUUAGUGUCCUGAAAAAGAAUGGAAAAAUAGACGAGACAAUGUAUAGCCGUGUACUGAAAUUUGUUGCGGGAAACAGAUUUGAUAACCCAACGAUACCAUCAGUAGGAAGUGGUGAUACUCCAGCAAAGAAAGCUAAAUCUGAGAUGACAUACAAAGAAAGGGCCAAUUUGUGCAAAAAUUCAGUGAGCAAACAGUUACUAGAGAUAAUGGAACAAAAACAGUCCAAUCUUGCUGUAUCUGCGGACCAUACCAGUGCCAGUGAUAUCUUACAGCUAGUGGAUCAGGUUGGAAGUAAAGUGUGUAUUGUGAAGACACAUGCAGAUAUUAUAGACGACUUCAGUGAUACAUUUGUACAUAAACUACAGGAACUGGCUAAGAAACAUAAUUUUCUAAUAUUUGAAGAUAGAAAGUUUGGAGACAUAGGUAACACAGUACUACAUCAGUAUAAAGGUGGGAUCCACAAGAUAGCUGACUGGGCAGAUAUUGUAAAUGCACAUACCGUACCUGGUGCUGGAGUGGUUACAGGACUUAAACAGGUUGGCGGAGAUAAAAACAAAGCUUGCUUAUUAGUUGCUGAAAUGAGCAGUUCAGGUUCUUUGGCCAAGGGAGAUUAUACUAGAGCCACUGUUGAAAUUGCCAAGGAAAAUUCAGAUUUUGUGAUUGGAUUUAUAUGUCAGAACAAGCUCAUGGAUGAUCCAGUGUUUAUACAUAUGACUCCAGGUGUGAAGUUAAAAUCAGGAACAGACUCUCUUGGUCAGCAGUACAUAACUCCAAAGGAUGCAGUAUUUGUGAAUAAAUCUGACCUCAUCAUUGUUGGGCGAGGAAUUACCGCAGCUUCCGACCCUGUCGCCGAGGCCGAACUAUACAGAAAGGCAGGAUAUGAUGCUUACUUGGAAAGACUGGCUUAAUUUUGACAGAGAAAUAGGGAUAUAAAAUUGUUCAUUUUUAGCUCAUCUGAUUUUUUGAAAAAAAAUGAUGAGUUAUUGUCAUCACUUGAGCGGUUGUCGGCGUCGGCGUCUGCGUCGGCGUUGCCUGGUUAAGUUUUAUGUUUAGGUCAGCUUUUCUCCUAAACUAUCAAAGCUAUUGCUUUGAAACUUGGAAUACUUGUUCACCAUCAUAAGUUGACCCUGUAUAGCAAGAAACAUAACUCCAUCUUGCUUUUUGCAAGAUUUAUGGCCCCUUUUGUACUUAGAAAAUAUCAGUUUUCUUGGUUAAGUUUUAUGUUUAGGUCAGCUUUUAUCCUAAACUAUCAAAGCUAUUCCUUUAAAACUUGCAACACUUGUUCACCAUCAUAAGCUGACCCUGUACAGCAAGAAACAUAACUCCAUCCUGCUUUUUGCAAGAUUUAUGGCCCCUUUUGGACUUAGAAAAUAUCAGAUUUCUUGGUUAAGUUUUAUGUUUAGGUCAACUUUUUCUCUUAAACUAUCAAAGCUAUUGCUUUAAAACUUGCAACUCUUGUUCACCAUCAUAAGCUGACCCUGUACAGCAAGCAACAUAACUCCAUCCUGCUUUUUGCAAUAAUUAUUGCCCCUUUUGGACUUAGAAAAAUCAUUUUCUUGGUUGAAUAUUAUGUUUAAGUCAAUUUUUCUCAUAAACUAUCAAAGCUAUUGCUUUAAAACUUGCAACAGUUUUUCACCAUCAUAAGUGGACACUGUACAUCAAGAAACAUAACUCUAUCCUGCUUUUUGCAAGAGUGAUGGCCCUUUUUAGACUUAGCAAAUCAUGGGUAGGACAAUAUUUCUAUUAUACAAAAAAAAUCAGAUGAGCGUCAGCAACCGCAAGGCGGUGCUCUUGUUGUAUAUUUUGUAACAAAUUCUUGAUAAAUUAGCAUUAUGAUUUGCAGACUACAAAGAAUAAGAACAAAAGUUCUGUAUGAAUCUCGUUAUUAUUGAUUAAAUGAUGGCCAUGUUUGUUCAUUAUAUGAUUGCAAUGUGUUAUAGGUAAAGUUAAUAAACAAAUGCAGUUUCAUUUCCUGUGACUUCAAGUCAUAGAUUUUACUAAAACUUUAAUUCAUAUCCCAGUAUGUGCAAUUCAGUAUUUUCUAGUACGGUACUAGUAACAUGCUGUGAGAAUUUAAAGGCUGCAAUAGCACUAGGAGCUAUGCUAAAAUAAUUUCUCUACUUGCAAUAAGGUUAUGUCAAAGUUCAUACAGUUCAAAUAAUGCAAAGGCAGGAAAUACCCGAAAAGGCUCCGUUUACUGUCGUUUUGUAGUAACAUGAUAACAUGCAUUGCUUUUAUAUGCAACAGAAAAAUGCAGUCCCAUUAUGUUUCAAACAAUAGCUCUCCCAAAAUCUCUGUUGGGGGGUGGGCACUUAGAGUUGCCCUUGUCCAUCUGUCAGUCCGUUCUUCCGAAAUUGUGUCGUGCAUAUCUCAAAAAGUAUUCGACCCAGAGUCAUCAAAUCUUACAGGCUUGUUAUUCAGCAUGGGAAGUUGUGCACUAAUGGUUUUCUUUGGAUCUCACACAGCCAGACCAGAGUUAUGGCCGUUGACUUAGUCAAAAAAAUGCAAUAGGGCCUCAGUUUGUGUUGCAUGUAUCUCAAAAAGCACAUGAGCCAGUAUUAUGAAACAUUACAGGAGUAUUAUUCAGCAUGUGAAGUUGUGCCUGGGGUUUUGUUAGAGAUUUCACUCAGCCAGACCAAAGUUAUGGCCCUUGACUUAGUCCAAAACAUGCAUAAAAAGGCAAAAAAGUUGUCUCGCACAUAUCUCAAAAAGUAUUUUUGAUCUAGGGUCAUGAAACAUCAUAGGAAUAUUAUUCAGCAUGUUAAGUUGCGCAGCUGUAAUUUUGUUCUGGAUUUUUGUCAGACCAGAGGUAUGGCCCUUGAUUGUCAAAAAUAUGCAUAAAGGGCAUACAAGUUUGUGUUGAAUGUAUCUCAAAAAGUAUGUGACUUAGAAUCAUAGAACAUUAGGGGAAUGUUACAAAGCAUGUAAAGUUGUGUGCCUGGUGUUUUGUUUAGGAUUUCACUCAACCAGACCAGAAUUAUGAUCCUUGACUUUGUGAAAAAUACACAUAAAGUAAUUAAAGUUUGUGUUGCAUAUAUCUUAAAAUUAUUUCACCUAGUGUCAUGAAACCAUGUACAGUGACAGGAGUGGGGGGUUAAAAUUUUUGUUAAGGUUCACCUUUUCUAAAAAACUAUAAGUGCUACAGCUUUGAAACUUUGCACACUUGUUUAUCAUCAUUAGGCGACUAUGUAGACCAAGAACCAUAACUAUGGUAUGCAUUUUGUCAGAAUUAUGGCCGUUUUUUUUACUUAGAAAAUCUGAACUAUAACGGUAGGUGGUGCUCUUGUUUGUAAAUUCAUAUUAUCUCGAUUAUAUAAAAUCGAGGAAUUUUCAGUGUUCAUAAAAGCAGUAUAUAAAUUUCCAGUGUUUAUAAAUGUUUUGUAGAAAUUUUUAGUUUUCUUAAAUGCAAUGUAGAAAUUUCCAGAGUUUAUACACACUUAUUUCCUUUCUGUAUUGGUUUUUAUGCCCCGAAGGCGGGCAUAUUAAAAUCACACUGUCCGUCAGUGUGUGUGUCUUUGUAAAUUCUUGUCCGGGCUGUAACUCUGCCAUCCAUAAAGGGAUUUUGAAAUAACUUUGCAUAAAUGUUCACCAUAAUGAGACGACAUGUCAUGCACAAGACUCAGACCCCUGGCUCAAAGGUCAAGGUCACAUUUAGAGGUCAAAUGUUUACAGGGUCUGUUUCUUGUCCAGUCCAUAACUCUGCCAUUGAUAAAGGGAUUUUGAAAUAACUUGGCAUAAAUGUUUGCCAUAAUGAGACGACAUUUCAUGCGCAAGACCCAGACCUUAGCUCCAAGGCCAAGGUCACACUCAGAAGGUGUCCAGUCCACUCUGCCAUUGAUGAAGGGAUUUUGAAAUAACUUGGCAUAAAUGUUCCCCAUAAUUCAAAACUUAGAUAUUUAAACCAAAUUAAAAACCUUGAUGUUUACAAUGUACUGGCCAUAACUGACUUUUUAGUUCAAAACUGUGUACAUUUGUGUUUAGCGGCACAAAGAUUGAUUUACUGAACAAUUUAUGGUUUACACUUAUUAUUAUUUACAUGUACACAGAUUUCUCACACAUAGUUGUACAUAUUUAAAUGUCUGUUUCUCUUCUUUGACGAUUGAUUAUAGACAUUGUGUCUGAAAUCAUUUGUCGUCCAUCUCUAAUUCAUGUGGGGAAGUUGGAAGCUACUUGCAGAGAACAGGUUUGUACUGGUACAGAACCCAGAAACUCUGGUUUCAGUUAUAUAACUGAAAUACCAUUUGAAAUUUCAUAAAAUAGAAAUAAUGAUCCUUAAUAAAUAGAAAUGAUAUUCUAUGUACAUCCUGGAUUGAAGUAAUAUUGUCCACCUCUUAAAGGUAAAGGAGAAGAAUUCUAUAAGACUAUGUGUCUUUCAUUCUUAUCCUUUCCUACUUAUCUUGUUAUAUGAUGUAUGUUUUUAAUUUGUACAUGUAUUACCGGGAAUAAAAUAUGUUUAAAGUAAAGCCCAGGACAGCUGCUGUUAUUUGAAACCAUGUGUUUAUUUAUGUUAUAUUUCUUUGGUAAGAAUUACCAUUAUUGCUACUUUUUUUUCUGUUACAUAUUUAAUUGUCAUAAAGCGUUACCUGUAGAAUGUUCAAAAGUAGGUGCUCAUCUAAUGAAUGCAGUAUUAAAAUUCUUUUUUUCUUGCCAUAUA